AUGACACAUCUAGAGCUAGACACAGCAGUGCCUUUAUACAGCACAUUGCCUCAUACCAUCUCCUCUGACGAGGAACCUCAUACAAAAUACACAACUACUACUACGCUUAAUUCCAUUCCCACUUACCCAACCGAAGAUGAUCGCAAUACAUUGGCAACAUCCCCAACCAGUAGCUGGGACUCCUCGCGAAGAUCAUCCUACUCAUCAACAUCAUCCACCUCAUACUCCUUCUCCACGAGCCACAGCUUCCGAAUAAAGCAUUGCAAAAGCUUACCACCGCCUAAUGGAGACACACAUGCUCUAUACCCCACAAAAGAAGCAGCCUACAGAAGGAUCGAAUGGCUGGAGGAACAGAUACGAUUAUCAAGACAAUCAAACGAAGCAAUUAUCAACAACAUGUCUCAAUCUAUACAGACCUUUUUGGAAGGACGUAAAGUCAAUGACCUAGAACCAGCGUCAUUCAAAGAUGCUGCUACUAGUAGUAGUGUGUUGCACACAACAACAGCACCAAGUGACACAGAUAAUAAGAAAUCAAUCGAAAAAGACCAGGGCAGUUCCCAGCAUCAUGCAAUGAGAUUGGUGCUCGACAAACUAAUAGAACUAAAACACAUUGUAAAUAAGUAUGCCGGUUCGUUGGUAUUGGAUCAGCCACCAGAGAGCGAUAUCCAAUCUCAACUCUGUUUAUCCACUCAGACAAUUGAAAAGUGGAUUGAUGGUGUAACAGAGCACAAACAAUCAACUAAACAAGAUUUGAAAAACGUGGUAAUUCCCUUACUAGUUGCAGCCGAAAAAGAAAGGCAGCGAAACACCCGAUUGAUGGAAGGCUUGUGCCGAUUAAGUGCACAAAAGAAAGCUGCUCAUCAUGAUGCCAUGGCACACACAAAGACUCGCAUUGCUGCUGUGCAAAAAGCAUUCGAGAAGCAAAAGAAGCAAUUGCGACAGCAUAUGCAGAGCAAGCUGAAUGACAGCAAAGAAGAGCAGGCGGAAAUGGAGCAAGUGGUAGACGAUAUGCGACAAGAGAUGGAAGCCAUGAUUGAAGAGCUGAAUCAGAUCAAACAGCAGAGAGAGCGGUCUGAACAGAAAUCCAAGCGAUUGCAAAAUGAUCUCAAGGCCAUGCAAACAUCUAGCAUCCAAGAUCCAGAUUUUCUCGCUCUGCAAAGCUUGUUGCGCGAAUCAGAGACUCAAGUAGAUCAAUUGGAGGCGGAUCAUCAAGAGCAGAUGGACAAGCUGGAGCAAAUCAAAUCAGAAUUUGCCAAGGAGAAGGCUCGCAUCCAUGCCACCCACGCCCAUCAGGUCAACGCACUUGUUCUGGAAAAAGAAGAGCUGCGUGCAAGACUCAUCAAAGCGGAGCAAUCUGCGUCAAUAGCCCAAUCUCGAAAAGUAGUACAAGUGGACAAUAGCGAAUUGGAAGAAGCACUACGACGCACGGUUGCUGAGCGAGAUGGCGAAUUGGCCAAAACAAGAUUUGAAUUAGAGAAAUCUCAACGCCAUCGUGAGCAGCUACAAAAGGUCAACCAGAGACAAAUGCAAUUGGAAUUGAACACCCGGCUAAACGAACUGGAAACGAGUUUAAAAUCACAAUACAGAAAAGAUGUUGACACCUAUCAAGUGCAGCUUACGAGAGAGCUACGAAACAUGUCAGGUCAAAUGGUUGAGCUUGAAACUGAACUACAAGACUUGGAACGUCAACAUGCACAGGAUGUCAACAUCAUUGACAAGCAUGAGCAAAGCCUGGCAAGAUUGGAAAAGGAAUGGAAGCUCAAAUCAACUCAGUGGCAGGUGGAUGAGAACAAGCUCAAAACAUCGCUGGCGAUAGCAGAUCAAAAGAUAACCAGUCUGGAGAAGGAGGCACUGGUUUUGUAUAGCAAGAAUCUGGAACUGGCGCAACAAUUGGGCGAAUUAGAUGCUUGA